GGGAUAUCAUAUUAGACUUUAGACUUCUCUCGACAAAGGAGUAAAAAAUAUUAAAUAUAUAUAUAUGUUUAAAUGAUACUUUUGUUGCAUUUCUAAUUUAUAAAGUAAUUUGUAAAUAAAAAAAGUACGUGGCACUCUCUAUUUACAGAUAAAUCUCUGACGUAAAACUUUACUGACAAAAGGCUGCGUUCGAGUUGUUGCCAACUAAAUAGCGUCGAACAAUGUCAAAUUUGACAACUGAACAUAUACAUUUUUAAAUUCCUUCCAUUACUUUCCGUCUCAUUUUGUAAAAGAUGUACAUCCAUUUAUAUGAUUGUCAUUAUCGCUGUUUCUCGUGUGUCAUAACAGUGAUAAUAGUCAAUAACUCCGAAAUAAUUUCUUAACGAUGCAUCAUAACCUUAUCAACAAAUGUCAAACUAGCAUAAAAGGAGCGAAAAUUUAAGAAAAAAAUUGUAUGUCUCGCAAGUAGAGACGAUUCGAAAAGUUUUUUUCUCAUCGAUGCCCACAUGGAUUUGCAAACGGAUAUCAAUUCACUGCGACCGCAAAUGGCAUUACGAAAUGUGAACUCUGGCAACAUAUUUAAUACACCUUUGAUAUCAUUCGCAGAGAUGUGGUAUCAAAUAUUUCUAUGGGCCCUAUUCUCUUCAAUAUUUGUGCACACAAUCGCUGGCGCGAUUUGUUUUGCUACUUUGCGACAGCACAAAUACGGCAAAUUUUUUCCGCUGCUUAUCAUAAUAAUGGGUGUAUUGCUACCAUUGACAUCGGGUGUUGUUAGUUCGGCGGCAGUUGCAUUUGUAUACAGAGCAUCUGGUUAUCAAAUGCCUCCUUUGUAUGCAAUGUUUUGGGGGAUUGGACAGACCGUGGUACCAGUGUGUGUCGGAUUCACACGAAUCUUAGCGACUUUGUAACCCAAUGUUUCAAGAACUACAUUUGUGAUAUUUAUCUGUAUAUACAAGAAUGAUGAUCAAGUGUCUUCUAAGUUAUAUAUAUAUAUAUAUAUAUAUAUAUAUAUAUAUAUAUGUAUAUAUAUAUAUAUAUAUAACAAAAUUAUGUACAUACAUAUGUAUAGGUAAGUUUAUCAAUGUAUAUCUAGUUACCUUCGCAUCUAUUAUCAAACUGAUUGUAAAAAAUGAUAAACAAUGAAAUUUUAUUGAAAGAUAA